UUAGUAUUCAACAGUAGCAGUAGUAGUCAUCUUCAUCUGUAGAGAGAGUAAAAUGACAGACUAUCAUUGCCUACUAUCAUAGUUUUACAUUACAAGAGUUCUUCUUUCUACAUCUCUGGGGUCAGUCCCACUUCGCACUUCCCACUCCCAAACUCUCAUACUAGUACUACUGUACUACUUACUGAUCCAAUCUCACCCAUUCAUUUUCAUUUCUUUUAGAGUUUGUAAUUGUACGUACAAAUAUACAUUCUUAUUGAAUUAAGUGAGAGUUGCCCAAAAGCCUAUUUUGUGACACAGUCCUCUUAGUAUUCCACUUAUAGCUCUCAUUGCCCAGUUUUUUCCUUUUUUGAUUUUUAAUAUUUUUUUACCCUUUAUUCCCAUUUCGGUGGUGAUUCUCUUGUUCUUGUUGGAUUUAGUGUUUUGAGCUUUGAAUUGUCAUAAGAGGAAAUGGGUAUUAAGUAGCGGAAGAAAAAAAUAAUCAAAGGCAUGACCGAAAAGUUAGAAUCCGAGGCAGUGUCCGAUAUCGUAUAGAGUCUAUGGCCAAUGUUUUGCUUCUUUCUUUUUAAACCCAACAACAGUAUCAGUAAAGGUUAAGGUAAAAGGAUAUAUCUAUUUUUUAAAAUAUAUAUAUAAAUAUUUUAGUAAUAAAUAAAAUAAGUUAAGGAAAGAGAGGGAAGUGUGCCUUUUGAAGAAGGUGGGGGAAGUGAAGCUUAGUUUAAUAUAUAGAGAGGUAUUACUUACUAAGUUACCAUUGUGAUUUGAGGUUGCAAAUAAAAAAAUAAACUUGAAAAAAGUUGGGCUUUAGUAUGCUUUUUGGAUUGGAUAAAGGGGAGGAGCGUCCAAGAAAGGAAGAAGAGAGCGUGUGAAGAUUUAAGUAAAUAAAAACAAUGCUGAACACAAAGAAGAAGACUUCUGGUAAUGAAGAUUCUAAGAAGAAGGAGCGCCACAUUGUUACGUGGACGCAAGAGGAGGAUGAUAUACUGCGCCAGCAAAUUAAUGUCCACGGAACAGAGAAUUGGGCAAUCAUUGCUUCAAAAUUCAAGGAUAAAACGACUAGACAGUGCAGAAGAAGAUGGUACACAUAUUUGAAUUCCGACUUCAAGAAAGGAGGUUGGUCACCGGAAGAAGACUUGCUCUUGUGCGAGGCUCAGAAGAUAUUUGGUAAUAGAUGGACAGAAAUAGCAAAGGUUGUCUCAGGCAGAACGGACAAUGCUGUGAAAAACAGAUUCUCCACCUUGUGCAAGAAGAGAGCAAAAUAUGAAGCUUUGGCAAAAGAGAACACUACUUCAUACAUGAACUCGAAUAACAAAAGGGUUAUAUUACGAAAUGGAUUUAGUACAGAUGGAACUUCAGAAACCUCAGUAUCAACAAAAAAGAUAAGGAGGAGCCACAUAUCUGAUCCCUCAGAAAACUGCAACUUCGAAAGCAGAUUGCAUAAACAGUUCCGAACAACAACUAUGAAUCAACAGCAGCUACGAGCACCCUUUGCAGUCUUAGUUCAGAAUUCCCAUAACAUCAACAACAUGCCACCUCAGCAUCAUGACAAUAUCACUAAGGAGGUUGUUGCUGAUGCAGCACAAAAUAACAAGUACGAAGGAUCAUUUCUCAGAAAGGAUGACCCUAAGAUUAAUGCUUUGAUGCAACAAGCAGAGCUGCUUAGCUCACUGGCACUAAAAGUUAACACAGAGAACACAGAGCAGAGUCUUGAAAAUGCUUGGAAGGUCCUCCAAGAUUUCCUUAACCAAAGCAAAGAAAGUGAUAUCCUCAGAUAUAAACUCAGUGAUUUUGAUUUUCAACUUGAAGAUUUUAAGGAUCUGUUGGACGACUUGAAGAGUGGCAAUGAAGGAAGUCGACCAUCCUGGAGGCAGCCUGAUUUAUAUGAUGAGUCUCCUGAUAGCUCUGAAUAUAGUACAGGAUCAACUACCAUGUCCCAAACAGCAGGUGAUAAAACAGACCAAAGUCAAGCCGAAAUAUGUGCUUCACACCAGGAUGUUGGAUGUAGUUCCCAGUCGAUCCAUGUUGGAGAAGAAAGUUGUGUUGGUGAGUGUGACAACGGGAUGAUUUGUGGUGGAACCUCAGAGCAAGCUGAGAUAUUCCCAACUUGCAAUGAAGGAACAAAUGAUAGCCAAGUCGUUUCUGCAUUGUCAAGUACAGAGUUUGGUUCUCCUAUUCAUGUCACCCCAAUGUUCAGAUCCUUGGCAGCAGGAAUUCCCAGCCCAAAAUUUUCAGAAAGUGAGAGGAACUUCUUGCUUAAAACUCUUGGAGUGGAGUCCCCAUGCCCAAGCACUAAUCCGUCACAACCACCACCCUGCAAAAGAGCCCUCCUCCAUAGUCUAUAACUAAACUUUUCUGAUUCAGCUCACAUACCGCAAUUCUACUUCUCUUAAGACCCAUUUUGGGGUCACCAUAUUUGUUUGAAUCCCCUCCUGAUUGCAGCAGCAAAUUAAGCCCGAAAUUUUACAAGAGGCAUGUUUGAAUCUGCAUACUGGAACCACUAAAGAUCUAGAAUGUUAUGGUGCAUUCUAGCAUACUACUAGGAACACAUCUAACAAGGUGUUGUGUGUGUUCUAUUCUUCUUCUCUACAGAGUUUCUACCCCAGAGACCAGCCUCUCUACCCAGUGUUACUACUUAGUACUACUCACAUAAAAUCUGUGUGUUUGGUGUGUCAUUCUUUUGUUUGUUUGUCAUAUCUUGGAAUAUGUCAUUCCAGGGUGUUCCCAUUUUUGGCCUUGAUUUGUCACUUGUACAGAAACCUCCUAUUUAGUCUAUAGUCAAUCAGAGUGUAAGUAUACAUCGGCAUCUCGCCAAAAUCCCAGCUAGAAUAUAUAUAACGAGGAAGAAAAUAGAAAGAAAAAAAAAAGUAAACAAGGAUAACCAGUUGAAACUGAUUACUACAUAUUUUUUUCCCCUUAGUUCUUGGGUGUGCAGAGGGUAUAGAAGAAGUUUUUCUUAUUGAUUUUUUCUGAUUUCUGAUGUACUGGCACAUAAUAUGAUUUGAGUGGAAAUGUGAUUUUGGUUUUGGUGUGCACA